ACUAGACGCUCCAUUUAGUUUAGCCUAUUUGGCAGACUGCCUUUCAACGACAAAGAAACGAAGUCUGUCACCAGAGGUGAUAUCCGGUGUUAACCAGCGCCUCCAUUUCAAAGACGCGCGGUGAAGAGAGGCUGAGGGGAUUCUGUGAGAAUCAGAAGACGGACACAAAACAAAUGUGAGGAUGGAGUAUCCAGAGCACUCUGAUCCAGAUGGGGAAGAAGAGAAGGCCAGAGCCCCUAAAAGGGGUGUGUCUACUUCUGACAGCGUCAUGCAGCAGAAGAGAUCACACUCUCCCGUACCGAGCUGUGUGUCCAUGAAGAGUGACCGGUCCAGGGAUCUUUCACCCUUCUUAGCAGAAGGAGGUGUUCCUGCUGGUCAGAGAUCCCCCUCUCCUGUAUCGAGCUGUGUGUCCAUGAAGAGUGACCAGUCCAUGGAUCUUCCACUUCCCUUAGCAGAAGGAGGUGUUCCUGCUGGUCAGAGUUACCAACCUGGUCCAGUAAAUGUGGAAAUGCAGCAGAUCCACAAAUCCCAUCUUCAGAAGAAGUUUCAGUGUCUGACUGAGGGAAUCACAAAGCAGGGAAACCCCACACCCCUCAGUAAGAUCUACACAGAGCUCUACAUCACAGAGGGGGGAAGAGGACGGGUCAAUAAGGAACAUGAGGUCAGACAGAUCGAGAGAGCAUCCUGGAGAGAAGCAGCACCAGACACAUCAAUCAACUGCAGUGACAUCUUUACAAAUGUAUCUGGACAAGACAGACCCAUCAGAACAGUGCUGACAAAGGGAGUGGCUGGCAUUGGAAAAACAGUCUCUGUGCAGAAGUUCAUUCUGGACUGGGCUGAAGAAAAAGCCAAUCAGGAUGUCCAAUUCAUAUUUCCUCUUCCUUUCCGAGAGCUGAACUUGAUGAAGGAGAAAAAACUCAGUCUGGUGGAACUUAUUCAGCAUUUUUGCCCUGAAAUUAAAGAUACAAGGAUCUUCACCGGUUCAGAGCAAAGAGACAUGUUCAUCUUUGAUGGUCUGGAUGAGUGUCGAUUCCUUCUAGAUUUCAACUCCAACCCGAGGUGUUGUGAUGUGACAGAGCCAGCUUCAGUGGACGCACUGCUGACAAACCUCAUCGAGGGGAAUCUGCUUCCUUCUGCUCUCCUCUGGAUCACCACCCGACCAGCAGCAGCCAAUCACAUCCCUCCUGCCUGUGUGGAACGGGUGACAGAAAUAAGGGGAUUCAAUGACCCACAGAAAGGGGAGUACUUUAAGAAGAGAAUCAGUGAUGAGAUUCUGGCCAGCAGAACCAUCACACACCUGAAGUCAUCCAGGAGCCUCUUCAUCAUGUGCCACAUUCCAGUCUUCUGCUGGAUUGUCGCCACUGUUCUAGAGAGACUGUUGAGAGAAACAGGGAGAAGAGAGAUCCCCAGGACUCUGACUCAAAUGUAUACACACUUCCUGAUCGUUCAGACAAGCACCAAAAAAGAAAAGUACACAGUGAGAAAAGAGAGAGACGAAGAGAUGAUUUUCAAACUAGGGAAACUGGCUUUCCAACAGCUGGAGAAGGGCAAUCUGAUCUUCUAUGAGGAAGACCUGAGAGAGUGUGGCAUUGAUGUCACAGAAGCAUCAGUGUACUCAGGAGUGUGUACUCAGAUCUUCAGAGAGGAGUCUGGGCUGUACCAGGGGAAGGUGUUCAGCUUUGUGCAUCUGAGCAUUCAGGAGUUUCUUGCAGCUUUAUAUGUGUUCCUGUGCUUCAGCAACAGAGAGAGAAACAUGACUGACCAACAGCAAACCUGUCAGUUCUCUGCUCUGUUCAGAGCUGCAAAACGUCAUGACCUACACAAGACUGCAGUGGAUCUGGCCUUACAGAGUGAGAAUGGACAUCUGGACCUUUUCCUCCGCUUCCUUCUGGGCCUCUCACUGGAGUCCAAUCAGAAUAUCUUAAGACACCUACUGCCACAGACAAGAAGCCCAUCACAGAGCUCAGAGCAAACAGUCCAGUAUGUCAAACAGAAGAUCAGAGAUCAGGAUACUUCAGCCAGAAGGAUCAACCUGUUCUACUGUCUGAAUGAGCUGAAUCACCAUGCUGUAGUGGAGAGCAUUAACUGGAGUUCAGGAACUUUGUCUAUAGAAAUGCUCUUACCAGGAGAGUGGAGGACUAGGACAUUGAUGUUUAAGAUUUCAGAAGAGCAGCUGGAUGAGUUUGACCUGCAGAAGUACAUAAAGACACCAGAGGAAGAUAUGACUGAACUCCUCAGUCCAGAUGAUGUUCUUCAGAAGCUGGUGCCAGGGGUCACAUCAGCUUUGUUGAGUUAUUGUUCCCUCACAGAGAAGAGCUGUGCUGCUAUAGCAUCAGCUGCCAGAUCCUCCUCCUGCAGUUUGAAGGAGUUGAAGCUGAGUCACAAUUAUCUUCGUGAUGCAGGAGUUCAGCAUCUCUCAGACCUCCUCAAGAAUCCCCACUGCAAACUGGAGACACUAGAGCUGGAGGAUUGUUCCCUCAAAACGAACAGCUGUGCUGCUAUAGCAUCAGCUGCCAGAUCAACCUCCUGCAGUUUGAAGGUGCUGAACCUGAGUGUCAAUGGUCUUUAUGAUGCAGGAGUUCAGCAUCUUACAGACCUCCUCAAGUAUCCCCACUGCAAACUGGAGACACUAAAGCUGAGGCGUUGUUUCAUCACAGAGAACAGCUGUGCUGAUUUAGCAUCAGCUGUCAGAUCAACCUCCUGCAGUUUAAAGGAGCUGGACCUGAGAGACAAUGAGCUUCAUGAUGCAGGGGUUCAGCAUCUCUGGAGGGAAACAGAGCAAGGAGAGGAAGAAGGAGAAGAGGAAAGAGGCAGAAGAAGGAAGAGAGGAAAGAGAAGUAGAAGAAGUAGAAGGAAAAGAAGAAUAAAGAGAGGUAGAAGAAAGAGGAGAAGAGCAGUAGAAGAAAAAGGAGAACAAAUAGGAGGAGUUCAGCAUCUCUCAGACCUCCUCAAGAAUCCCCACUGCAACCUGGAGAAACUAGUAAUGGAUGGCGGUAUCUUCAUAAAGGAGAGUCCAUCAGCAUCCUCUGCAAGCAGCUCCCACUCCUCAGAUGAUGCAGAACUGCACCUCAAAGACAAAACCCAACAGGAUCCAGGAGCACAGCUGCUCUCUGAUGACACUCCCAAGGAGGAUCAACACACCAAUGACCCACAGAGGAGCUGUGAAUCCUGUGUUGAAGUUCCAGACACCAGCCACUGGGUCCUGGUUGAGCCUGAAGUCUCUACAGAGAAGAGUGUCUCAAUCUACAGCCUGAGCUCUCCUGCAGGGAGCUAUGAGUGCUCAGAGUCUGGUCUGCGCUGGUCGUGUGCCGGUCCAGUCACCCUGCAGUACCGCUUCACAGACUGGCAUGUCUAUGCUGAAGAGCUGGCCCACAUGCAGUUCAGACCAGCUGGUCCUCUGAUGGACAUCAGGCUCAUGUCCGGAGAGCUGGAGGAGAUCCAUCUGCCACAUUUCCUGUGUUUGGGGAGUUGUGAGGCUUCUGUGCGUGAUGCAGUGAGGGUCCUGCAUGGGCGGGACAGUGGAGUGUGUAUGGAGGUGUGUGAGCUGACCCGACGCCAUGCCAGGCUUGCCCACCCCUCCUUCUCUCUGUUAGGGCUGGUCUAUUACCUGAGGGAUCUUUUUUUCCCCAAAGUCCACUGUGAGCUGCUGCUCUUCUGCACCUGCCCCGCUCCCCUGACUCUCCACGCCUACCUGGUGCCCAAAGACCCGGCUCAUAUCCGGGACAUCCACCAGGAGGAGAAGCUCGAGGGGGUGAGGAGCCGCAAACCCGGCGCCGUGGGCCCGCUCCAGCUGGAGGCCAGUGUCCACGUGAGGACGUCGUGUCGGUCGGAGAUCCUACCCGAGAUGAUGAGCCUGUGGCCGCUCUCCACUGCUAACUUCUGUGAGGUUUACAUGGAGCAGCCAGAGGAGGGCUUUGAUCUGGAGGUCAUCAGCUCUCAGCACACAGAGCCCAUCUGGAGAACCAAGAUCCGUAGAAACGACUACUGGCAGCCCAGCAGGAGCCCAGGACAGGUCGGCAUCCAGGAGGCAGCUGGCUUUGUGGACGAGAACAGGGCAGAGCUCAUCAGCAGGGUGAGAGAGGUGAUGCCCAUAGCCGACGAGCUCCUCUCCCAGGGAGUCAUCGGCCAGGAGACCUACUCUAACAUCGAUGCUGCUCCCACCAGUCAGGGAAAAAUGAGGGUCCUUUAUGACAGCCUGCAGACAGCUAAGGUCAAACUGGCCUUCUACAGGAUCCUUCAGGCACAGCAGCGCCUCCUAGUGGAGGAUCUGUGGACAGCGUGACGGCAGCAGGACACCCAGCCUGCCAGGGUCUACUCUCAUCUCAAAGAUCCUGCCAAAUACUGCUCCUCUUUCCUCAAGAUCCUGAGUGUUUCUCAAAAUCAUGGAUGCUUCCUUGGUAGAAUGGGUCCUUUUGAGUGCUUCUAAGGGCGGGUCCUUCAAAAGCUAUGCAGGACUCCUUCCUAGCAUUCAGAGAACAAACAAUAAAACAGUCUAGCGAGUGUGCAGGUGUGCAUCAUUGAAAAGUUCCCACCUUCAAAUUCCGCACCACUUUUUUGUAAAAAGGCUCUGGUACGUGUGCAUAGGAUUGUGGGUGCUUUAAGAACCCAGAGGAUAUUCCCACUGCAUCCUAGAAAAUUCCUUCGGCAGGAUUCAAUGACGACAGUCAUCAAGGAUACUUCCUGGAUCCUAGGUCCUGGAUUUUCUGUGGUGACACACUGCCAAAUACUGUACCUCUUUCCCAGAGAUCCUGGAUUUUCUGUGGUGACACACUGCCAAAUACUGCUCCUCUUUCCCAGAGAUCCUGGAUUUUCUGUGGUGACACACUGCCAAAUACUGCGCCUGCUUCUCGUAUGGUACAUGAAUCAGGUCUGAUUGAACAUUUACUGCUAGAUGGUUGAUCACUAGAUGAAUGAUUUUUUAGAAGAUCCAUUGAUAUAAAUAUAUGAUUUUGUGACUUUUUCAUAUAUGUGUCCAACCUUAUUGUUAAGCCUACAGGGCACAUAUUUAUUUGACAUUGGAAAAUUAGAACCUCGCUUUUACAUUGAUCGCUUUUGUUUACGCUACAUUAACUCCUCUUGUUAUAUUUUGCUAUGCUGUAAUUAAAAAAAAGAAUAAAUUCAUAAAGUGUUCUAACAUUCAUUCACCAAACUGCUGCCACCUUGUGGCCUGGAGUGCAUCGGAUUGCUCUGCGCUUCCACACACUUCUUCUCUGCUAACACAGGCAUGGCACUUUUCCAGCCUCUCUCUUCAGAGCUAAGGUCCUGUACUGGGUCACAUGUACCGUGCCUAAUAGGAUAGGCUUCAUCACUACAGACAGACUCAAUCAAACACAGAUAUGAAUGGGCUUCAUCACUACAGACACACUGAAUCAAACACAGAUAGGAACGGGUGUCAUCACUACAGACACACUAAAUCAAACAGAUAGGAAUGGGCUUCAUACAACACAGACUCACUAAAUCAAACACAGAUAGGAAUUGGCGUCAUAUUGACACACUAAACCAAACACACACAGGGGGAUAACUACAGGCAUACACAAGGGGCACAGAUCAUCUUUACACUCUCAC